CAAAUUGUUUGAAUACAUGUGUACCUCGUGCAAAUAAAAGGGUUUAUUUGAAAUAAUUGAACUGCGAUAUGAUAUUAAAUUAAUAAUUGUAGCAGUCAUAAAAUGUCUGGUUAUUUAGAGGUGAAGUAUCCGUUUAAAUCGAAUCUCGGAUUGAAUCCUUUCAAGUCAUGGAAGAGACAAUGGUGUAUUCUUCGGCCAAGUCCGAUGAGUGCUGGCGGUGGUUCGCUGGCGGUGUACUGUAGUGAGGCCGGGUCUCCUGCGGGGACGGUUGAACUACGUUCUGGUUGUAUCGUGAAACGUGCGAAAUCUCGUACGCGACCUCAUGCAUUCGCCGUGUUUUCCAUCGAGGAGCCGUGCAAGCCUCGGAUCUUAUUGGCGGCACAGAGCCUCCAGGAAGCUCAGCAUUGGAUGGAUAAAAUCCGAGACUUAUUAAACGGCGACAAGCUACUAGGCACAGAAUCAUUGCUUAAAGAUUCUUAUUCAGUGACAAUCAUACCCACCGAAUUGUCGCGUAAAUGUGUUAUAAGUGGUGACAACAUUGUAACAUUAUCGUCGACGGGUCUGUUGGUUUCUCGUCCACAAACCACAGGCAUGAUGAUACGUUGGCAACAUAUUACUGAUGUUGUCCAGACCAGAGAAAAUGGAGACAAGAGCAAAAUUUGUGUGCUCAGUAUCGAUAGUGGUUUCAGCGGUGGCGGGGAGAUGAAGUUCAGCAGCAUGCUGGCGGGCGAGCUGGCGGGCGAGCUGGCGGGCGCGGUGCGGCAGGCGCUGCGGGAGCGCGCGCGCGCCGCGCCGCUCAGCCGCAGCCAGCCCGACCUCGGCGCGUGUCAGGACAUGGGUGAAUUGCGUCGCAGCAGCUGGUAUAGCGGACCGUCUGAGGUGUCCUUAGAUGACACGGAUCUCAUCUUGUCUAAGGAGGCGCGCCGCCUGCCGAGCGGGCCGCUGUCGCGCACGCGCGCGCGCCGCCUGCUGCGCGCCUCGCUCGCCGACCUCGUCUCCUUCGACGACGGCAUGGCCGACCGUCGGUCGCUGGCGUCCGUGUCGUCCGGAGUGUACGAGGAGAUCACGGAGGAGGCGGCGCCGCGGGAGGAACACACUUACGAGUCGGUGGCGGACUGCGUGUACGCCACGUGGCGCCGCACCGGCAAGCGGCACCCGCCCCCCCUGCCGCCGCGCACGCCCGCCCUCACGACGAAGCUGGGCGAGGGGUGGGGCUGCGCCGGCGACGGCGUCACGCGGCACUCGUCGCUGGGCUCGCUGCACCACAAGCCCGCCCGGCCCGCCAAGCCCUUCAGCGUGUUCAGAAAAAGACUUAAAAGUGACUCCCGGAUAGCGACGUCACCGAAAUCCGAAACGGCAAAGGAGAAGGACGUCGAGACGAAAAAGAAAAAGUUCGACUUCACGCCGACGCGGGACAUAUUCAAGAGCUUCAAAGUGAGUCGGAAGAUGAAGAACCUCAAAAUCACCUCGGGAGGACUCACCAAGGGCGAGACGAAGAGCUGCGAGUUCCUCGACGAGACGCAGCACGUGAGCGCCAACCGCUGCUCCAAGUCCGUCGAGUGCCUGGACGGCGGCGACGGCUUCGACGAGUUCGACGGGCAGCUGGCGCUCGUGCCGCAGCAGCUGGUGCAGCUCAUCCUGCGGGCGCCCGAGCGGGGCCCGUGCGAGAGCGAGUACAUGCCCAUGUCGCCUAUCGUGCCGGCGCCCUGCGAGCACCACUACAUGGUCAUGUCGCCGCGCACCAACCUCGCCUGAACGCCACUCUAGUCCCGCAGGGCUCCGCCGGGGCUGCCGGCUAUGUGAUAUUAUUUUGAUGGUUAAGUUAGUAUGAGUACGCUAGUUGAUUUGACGUGGCUUUCGUCAGAAGUCUUAGUAUUACAUUUAUCCGUCCAGGAUGGACCGUAGUCUUGAGUUGUGAGGGCGGCCGAUGGGUUUAAUGAAAUAAAUUCAUAGUCACUUCAGAAAUAUUUAAAACAGAAUUCAUACUGACCAUUAAAAAGCAAACAAGUAGUAAAAAGCACAGUAUUAAAGGCAGUUUGCAAAUAUUUUUAUAAAGACUAAAUAACAGAGCAUUCAUUGUGUGAGAAAUAGGACAAUUUUCACUUUAUUUUCAGAUAAGUAUUAAUUACAAAUAAUGGAAAGUUGAUUAAGGGAACAGCUAUUAAUGUUUGUAAUACAAAUGACGUUGAUGCGGGGGUCCACUUUGGUUUGGCUAUUUGUAUCAUGAGGAUAUCACACUGUUUUAAUUUACAUUUAUAUGCUAUAAUGCCACUUCUAUAUAGGCGAUUUCUUUCCUUAAAAGUUGAUUUUUUUUAUA